AUGGUUAUGAAUAAUAGAUCAGUUCAUUCACCUUCACAGCUUCUUGGAUUUGGCGAGUUCAAUUUGAGAAUGUUGGCAGCUUAUUCAAGAGGUGGUUUGAAUAUAAAUCCUGGGCAGGCUCAACAAGUUCAUCAUCCAUUGGAGCUACAGCAGCAGCAUAUUCAAGAUAAUGACACCACUGAUGUAGCAGGGGUGAUACAGGAGGUUGGACCUGGCGUAAAAAAUUUCAAACCAGGAGACCAAGUUGUUGCCGUGCUAAGUCAUCUUACUGGAGGUGGUUUGGCUGAGUAUGCUAUGGCUAAAGAGAGCCUGACUGUUCCAAGGCCUCCUGAAGUAUCCGCUGCUGAAGGUGCAGGCCUGCCUGUUGCUGGCCUUACAGCUCACAUGGCUCUCACCCAAUCCGCAGGGGUCAAGCUUGACGGGAGUGGCCCACGGAAGAACAUUCUUAUAACUGCUGCCUCGGGUGGUGUUGGUCAUUACGCUGUUCAAUUGGCCAAGCUCGGAAAUACACAUGUGACAGCUACUUGUGGUUCGCGUAAUAUUGAUUUGGUGAAAAGCCUAGGAGCAGAUGAGGUUCUUGAUUACAAGACCCCAGAGGGAGCAGCUCUAAAGAGUCCUUCAGGUCAGAAAUAUGAUGCUGUGGUUCAUUGUGCAACACCCAUUCCUUGGUCUGUUUUUGAGCCAAAUUUGAGUGCGACGGGGAAGGUAAUUGAUAUCACUCCUGGCCCCAGUGCCAUGUGGACCUUUGCGGUACAGAAACUUACUCUCUCCAAGAAGCAGUUGGUGCCACUGCUGCUAAUUCCCAAAAAGGAGAAGCUCGAGUACUUAGUUAACUUGGUUAAGGGAGGGAAACUCAAGACAGUUAUCGACUCAAAACAUCCUCUGAGCAGAGCUGAAGAAGCUUGGGCUAAGAGCAUAGAUGGUCAUGCUACUGGCAAGAUUAUAGUCGAGCCAUGA